UUCUCUAGUCCUCAUUCCAGCACAGGAUCUCAGCAAUUUUCCCCUCUCCCCUUACCCACUCCAGCGCUCAGUCCUUUCUUCUCCCUCAUUUACAACUUCUUUCAAAACGAGAACGUUUUCUAGAGGAAAGGGCUUUGCCAAACAGAAAGGACAUAAAACAAAAGCCACAGCAACCCGACUUCCAGCACGGCAUUAUCGCCAGCCCCCUUUGCAUGGUGAAGCGAUUACGGUAGCAACAUUUUUAUGAUUCAGGAAAAGCAUCUGGGGGAUUCAUCAGUUCUGAGGCUUUGUCUUUCCUGGGUUAACUGAUGGUCCCGAGCCUCAGUUUGACCUGACCAUGAUGCCCAGGACUGGCACUUUUUGUUUUUUCUCAGCAAACUGUACAAACCCAAAUCUCUUUUUGAUUUUCAAGGAAAUUAGAUUCCUGCCAGAUUUUGAAUCUGGACAAUAGAUAGAUAGAUACUUUGUCCUAGCUUCUUACUGGAAUUAUUUCUGGAAUAUUUUCCACAAGCAUCACAAGAACAGGAAUGAACCGGCAGCUAGUGAACAUUUUGACAGCCUUGUUUGCAUUUUUCUUAGAGACAAACCACUUCAGGACGGCUUUGUGCAAGGACCAUGACUCCAGGUCUGGAAAACAACCUUCGCAGACCCUGUCUCCUUCAGAUUUCUUGGACAAAUUAAUGGGACGGACAUCAGGAUACGAUGCGAGAAUCAGGCCAAAUUUUAAAGGUCCUCCAGUAAACGUUACUUGCAAUAUUUUUAUCAACAGUUUUGGAUCGGUCACAGAAACCACCAUGGACUACCGAGUGAACAUUUUUUUGAGACAACAGUGGAAUGAUUCGCGACUGGCAUACAGUGAGUACCCUGAUGAUUCCCUGGACUUGGACCCAUCUAUGCUGGACUCCAUUUGGAAACCAGACUUGUUCUUUGCCAACGAGAAGGGUGCCAACUUCCACGAUGUCACCACCGACAACAAAUUGCUGCGGAUUUCCAAAAAUGGCAAAGUGCUCUACAGUAUCAGACUCACCCUAACCUUAUCCUGCCCCAUGGACUUGAAGAACUUUCCAAUGGAUGUCCAGACCUGUACCAUGCAGCUGGAGAGUUUUGGGUACACGAUGAAUGACCUGAUAUUUGAGUGGUUGAGUGAUGGUCCAGUGCAAGUUGCUGAAGGAUUGACCCUGCCCCAGUUUAUUUUGAAAGAAGAGAAGGAACUCGGCUACUGCACAAAGCACUACAACACUGGAAAGUUUACCUGCAUCGAAGUCAAGUUUCACCUGGAACGCCAGAUGGGAUAUUAUUUGAUCCAGAUGUACAUCCCCAGUCUAUUGAUAGUCAUUUUGUCCUGGGUCUCCUUUUGGAUAAACAUGGAUGCAGCCCCGGCCCGGGUCGCACUGGGAAUCACCACAGUUUUAACAAUGACCACCCAGAGUUCGGGUUCCAGAGCAUCCCUGCCAAAGGUCUCCUAUGUCAAAGCGAUUGAUAUCUGGAUGGCAGUGUGCCUUCUGUUUGUGUUUGCCGCCUUACUGGAAUAUGCAGCUGUGAACUUUGUUUCCAGGCAACACAAGGAGUUCCUUAGGCUCCGGAGAAGACAGAAGAGGCAGAAUAAGGAAGAAGACGUGACUUGUGAAAGUCGUUUUAAUUUCAGCAGUUAUGGGAUGGGUCACUGCCUCCAAGUGAAAGAUGGAACAGCUGUCAAGACCACACCCAUCAACCCGCUCCCACAACCCCCAAAAGAUGCAGAUGCCAUCAAGAAGAAGUUUGUGGACCGGGCAAAAAGAAUUAAUACGAUAUCGCGAGGUGCCUUCCCAUUGGCCUUCCUCAUCUUCAACAUCUUUUACUGGAUCACAUACAAGAUCAUUCGCCAUGAAGAUGUCCACAAGAAAUAGAUAUGCCCUACAGACCCUGGGACCUUCUUGCCCAAGUGUUGUGCUUGUAAAUACAUGGUGAAAAUGUCUUUAUACCACUUUGACAGAAGAGAAGACAGGGGAAGGAGUGGUGAGGGAGGGAGGAUCAUGGGGGUGGGUUUCCUGGCACCUACAUGAAGAAAGAGAAAUUAUCUGGGCCUUGAAGGAAAAUGUUUGCAAAAAAUAAGGUGUUGCAGAAUCAUAUGAGCAUAAUUCCCUUCCAUAGUCCUUAGCAUUGUUCUUUCAGAUAGGUGAUGCAUCAAUCAGACAUGAUACGUGGGGUCAAGUUCUUGAGGGCUUUUUGCCUUUUGGUUUGCUUUAGUCUGAUUUUGACUAUUUCCGGUACUGAAAAGUUAGCUUAAGAAAGCCACAAAAUGAAAAUGCUUACCAUCUGACCAUAGUGACUAGCCUAUAGUGAGUCGAGGACCAAACUUCUUCAGGAAAAUGCUGCCUCGUUUUUAAAACAAGCCUCCUGAGCCACAUCCUUUACAAUGUCUCUAAUUAGUGUUUCACCCAAAAAAUCCUUUUGUGGGUCGUAAAUUAUUUCUACUUAUCCAGAAAGCAACAAUAAAAAACAAACACCAAUCACAAAGAAUAGAUUUCUACUUGACUGUCUCUGUAGGUGUGCAUUUUAAUAUUAUUUUUCUUUCCCAGAAGCAAUUUUGGAGUUUAAAUUGUGUAUGUGUAAUCCAAUUGAUAGUAUACCCUCUUAAAAAUAAAUGCCCAUUUUAUUUCUGAUCCAAGUUAGCACACUCUUUCUUCCUUUCUUUCUUUUUUGGCUAUAUUUGUGUGCAACUUUAAGUGCCCAGUGUGACUUAGCUGUUGCAUCCCCUCAGUCACAGUAUUUGUACAGACAGUGUGCCCUGAACAGUGUAGCUUCUAUUAGCUUGAACUUCCCAUUUCUGCUCAUUAUAGGUAUAAUCACUACUCCUAAUGUCAAAAGACCCCUGAUUUCUACUGUUAAUCCAAAUGUCUAUUGUUUUAAAUAUCCUUGGCUAACUUAAAGAAUUUUGAAAUUGUACUGUGAUUUGCAUAACCCAUUGCCUUUUUGGUACCAGAGCUACGUGGUUUGAAUCCUGGCUACGUGUUUUAAGUAAGAAAAAAAAAAAGACGUAUUUUUGCUUACUCAGAUAAAAAGACAACCUGUAAAAAUAUAAUGAAAAAAAUUAAAUUUUACAUGUGCUGUACAAGGGGUUAUUUUAAAAAGUAUUUGUUCAAUUUCAAUAAAGCUAAAUG